CUCCUCCGUCCUUUAAAGCUGCGUUGCCUCUGCAGACUUUACCUCUCGGCCAAACCCACCGGACGCGCCGCUGGUGUCGAGUGAAGGGGCGCUUCAUCUGUACGCUUUGGAAGGGGUCCCAGGAGUUAUCUUACCGCCACCAUGACCGAUCGCUUCGACUGCUACUACUGCCGUGACAACCUGCACGGGAAGAAGUACGUGAAGAAGGACGACAAGCACGUGUGCACCAAGUGCUUCAACAAGCUAUGUGCCAACACCUGCGCAGAGUGCAAGCGCCCCAUCGGCGCUGAUUCCAAGGAGCUGCACCACAAGAACCGCCACUGGCAUGAGGACUGUUUCCGCUGCGCCAAGUGCUACAAGCCAUUGGCCAGUGAGCCAUUCAGCGCACGGGACGAUGGGAAGAUAAUGUGUGGCAAGUGUAGCUCCAGGGAGGAUGGCAACCGGUGCCAGGGCUGCUAUAAGGUGGUCAUGCCAGGAUCCCAGAACGUGGAGUACAAGAACAAGGUGUGGCACGAGGAAUGCUUCACCUGCUUCGAAUGCAAGCAGCCAAUCCGCACGCAGAGUUUCCUGACCAAGGGUGAUGACAUCUACUGCGCUCCCUGCCAUGACAAGAAGUUCGCCAAGAAGUGCUUCCACUGCAAGCAGCCCAUCACCUCUGGAGGGAUCAGCUACCAGGAGCAGCCCUGGCACUCCGAGUGUUUCGUGUGCCACACCUGCCGUAAACCCCUGGCAGGCGCUCGCUUCACUUCCCAUGAGAACAACGUGUACUGCGUGGACUGCUACAAGACUGAUGUGGCCAAGAAGUGCCACAACUGCAAGAACCCCAUCACAGGGUUCGGCCACGGCACCAACGUCGUCAACUAUGAGGGCUACUCCUGGCACGAGUAUUGCUUCAACUGCAAGAAGUGCAGCCUCUCGCUGGCCAACAAGCGCUUUGUCAUCGUGGGAGAUCAUAUCUACUGCCCUGACUGCUCCAAGAAGCUGUGAACUGCACAAUCAGACGUGCAGGUUAUCACUGUUUAAAGUGGAAUUACACCAAAACUGACCUUUAGACUGUUAUUGGGCAAAAGAACAUAUUUUCUCAUAAAAUUCCAUUAUGGGGAGUUUUCGGAGUAUGAAUUUGAGGCAGCGAAAUGACAGAAACGUCACUCCGUUUCUGAAUUUGCAUAACAAUGUCAAAACAGUCAAUUUUGGUGAAACCUUCUCUUUAUGAAGUUGACCGAUUACGGGUUACUUCAACUGAAUAUGCACUAGCUUGAUUCAUUUAUCUACGUACAUACUGCAACAUUACUGCAACUUGUUUUUAGUGUCGGGUUGGAUACUAACAUGACAGCAGAAUUUCUUUAGUGGGAUGAGAUAUGCAAUAUUAGUUCAAUCUAAUGCAGAAUUCUCUGCAGCGUUAUGAGACGAAGAGCCUCUUCAGUGCCUUACUGGAAUCUUUCAGACUAAAAUGCUUUUUACAUGCAUACUAUUGCUCAUACAUACCAGCUUUGAUUAAUAAUCUGUUUUGUCUAUGAAUGCUUGAAUGGAUUAUGAGAAUUUUCAAAGAUGUUUAGAGAGAUUUAAAAUACAAACUCGGUUUUUGAGAUUGAUGCUGACAUAUAAACUGCUCAUGUAUUCAAGACUUUAUGAGUGAAAUUCAGUGUAAAACAAGAAUAAAAGAGGAAGGAAUAUGAA